AUGGCGCGCAACUCCGAAAAAGCUCAAUCCAUGCUCUUCCGCUUCCGCGAAGCACAGGCCGCCGACUUGGGGAUCAUCGACGCGGGCCGCUCCCGGCGCCCGCGCGCCAUCACCGAACAGGACAGCAUCCCGGCGUGCGAGAAGUGGCGCGGACAAGUCCUCAAAGAAAUCUCGCGCAAAGUCUCACGGAUCCAGGACCCGGCGCUGUCUGAUUAUCAAAUCCGGGACCUCAACGACGAGAUUAACAAGCUGAUGCGCGAGAAGCACAUGUGGGAGGUGCAGAUCCGAAAUUUGGGCGGGCCGAACUACAUGAGAGCCGGUGGGGGCAAGGUGUAUGACGAGGCCGGGCGGGAGAUAGCCGGCGGCGGUAAGGGGUAUCGGUAUUUUGGGCGGGCGAGGGAGUUGCCUGGGGUCAAGGAGCUUUUUGAGGCGGCGGCCAAGGCCAGGCAGGAGGAGGAGAAGCCGUUGGAGGAGAGGGCGGAUCUGAGGCGGCAGGUGAAUGCGGCGUAUUAUGGAUAUGCGCCGGGGGAGGAGGAUGGGGAGUUGUUGGAGUAUGAGAGCGCGAGGGAGAAGAUGGCGUUUGAGGCCCUGGCCAAGGCGGGGCCGGCCGAGACGCCGCCCGGUUGGGAACCGCUGCCGGGGGAUGUUGGGGAUGGCAGGGUGUGGGAGCUGCCUACGCUGGAGGAGGUGCAGCAAGAGUUGAUUGAUCGGAGGAGAAAGAGGUUAUUGGAUCAGCUGUAG